AUGGAUGUGAGAGCAGCUCGACUUCUUGAAAGACUAAAGACGGAGAAGAAUGUUCUUAUCAUCUUGGAUGAUGUAUGGGAGAACCUGGAACUUGGAGUUCCCACUACAGACGAACAUAAGGGAUGCAAGAUCUUGAUGAUGUCUAGGAGUCUCGGCAUACCAGAGAAAGCUUAUUCAGCUAUAGAGAUGAGCUAUAAGUUUCUAGAAAAUGAGGAACUUCAGCCAAUAUUUUUACUCUGUAGCAUAAUGGGCCAUGAUGCUGCCAUUGAGGAUUUGUUAAGAUAUGCUAGGGGUUUGGGUUUACUCCAUGGUGUUAAGAGAGUGAAAGAUACUCGAGAUAAAGUGUUGUCAUUAGUGAACAUUCUGAAAGCUUCUUGUUUGUUACUUGAUGGUUCUCACCCAACCCGAUCUGAUAUGCAUGAUGUUGUUCGUGAUGUUGCCAUUUCAAUUGCUUCUAGGGACUACGGUUGGCUUGUUUUAACAAAGGAAGAUGUAUAUGAAGAGUGGUCAGAUGAGGGCACAAUGAGAAAGUGCGAGCUUGUUAGCUUACGCUCUGCUAAGGUUAGUGAGCUUCCCGAUGGGUUGGAAUGCCCAGUUCUUACCUUUUUCUCUAUGCAUGAUUUGAUUGAUUGUAAGAGACUUGAAGUAAUAGCACCAGAUUUCUUGUCAAGUUUGUCCAGCUUGGAAGAACUAUACCUCUAUGGUAGCUUUGAUAGAUGGGAGGUUGAAGGAAUUGACAAUCCAAGAAGCAAUGCCAGUCUUGUUGAGUUGCAGUGCCUGUCUCAUCUGAACACUUUGGAAGUACAGAUCCGUGAUGUGCAAGCCAUGCCAAAAGAUGAUAUGUUUUUUGGAAAGCUGGAAAGAUACAAGAUUUUCAUUGGAGAUCUAAUGUGGUAUGAAUUGUAUGAUGGUUUACAGAUGAAUACAUCAAGGAUAUUGCAGGUUAAGAUGAAAAAAAGUAUUAAUUUAUAUGGUGGGAUUACACUGUUGUUGAGAAAUGUUCGAAGUCAUUGGCUGGAGGAAGUGGAAGAUGUUAGGAAAAUGCUUUAUGAUCCAAUUACCGAAGGAUUUCUGGAUUUAAAGCAUCUUCGUUUCCGUUAUGUCUUAGAUAUUAAAGUUCUUCUCAGCUCCAUGAUGUUGGUUCCUUGUUUUGAGUCACUGUCUCUUUCUGGAUUGACUGAUUUGGAGGCAAUUUGUGAUCGUCAACUCAAAGUUGGAUCUUUUGACCGACUAAGAAUCAUAAAGGUUGAGAGUUGCAAUGCGUUGAAGAACUUGUUCUUCUUCCCCAUAGCCACAAAGUUUUGCCAACUUGAAGAGAUUAUUGUAUCCAAUUGUCACAACAUGAUUGGGUUAAUUGUAGAGGAGGAAAAGAUGGGUGAGAAUGAAAUUUUGGAAUUCAGACAAUUACUCUUGUUAGAGCUGAGAGGAUUAGAUAGUUUCAAUGGCAUGUGGUACUCGGAGAAAACCUCAAAAUUGGCACAUGGCUUUUUUAUAAAAAGGUGUUUACAGUCGUCUUUUCUUUCCUCUUAUUAA